AUGGACAUUAAUGGAAGGCAAGCCGUAACAUCUCAAAAUGAAACGAAUCAAUCACAAUUACCAGAUAAUCCUAUACUCAAUGAUCAAGAGCAAGAUUCCCAAAAUUCGCAUGAGGAAGCAGCAAAAUAUAGAGAAUUAUUGAAAGAAUUUGGUAUGUACUAUAGGCCAAUGCGUACUGUAAAUAAAUUAGAAGCUGUUAAGAUGUUCAGAAGAUUAGAUAAAAAUCAUAUGAAAACUUUGAAUAUAGAUUUUACAAAAGAUGGAACUCUUGAUGGAAGAACCCAAUUGGCAAAAUAUUUUAAGGAUAUUGGAUUUGAUUUUGAUGAUUUUUCUGAUAAACCAGGAACGACAGACAUGUUUGAAGAAAUAUUUGAAGCUGAAGCAAAUCAAUCACAACACCAAAAAUUAUCAUUAAAGCCAACAUUAAAUAGCCAAACUAAUUCAGCAUUAAAAAUGUCAGUCCAAGCAAAAGAACUCCCAAAAACAUCGAAAUUACCAUUUCAAUCGAAUCUUCACACACAAAAACCAUCAUUAUUCAAACAAUCAUCAGCUAGCGAAGGAGCUCAACACAGUGUUUCAGAAUCAAGCACUUCUAUAAAAGACAAUAAGUGGGAAAAGAAAGGAGAAGUCAAAGAAAUCCAAAUUGAAAAGAAAGUCGAAAAUUUUCCACAAAAGAUAACAAAAAAAUUUGCUUUUGCUGUUUUCAAUACAAUGCAAGUUACUUAUGAAACACCGAAAUUACAAACAAAAAUUCAUAAAAUAUUAGAUUCAGAAGAAAACAGACUUUCUGAUUCAGAAAAAUACAGUCUCAAUGGAGAAGAUGAAGUUAUUAAGUGUAUUAUUGAGGGAAAUAAACUUAGUAAAGAAGGACUUGAAUAUUUUAGAAAUAUUAAGCAACACUACAAAGAAGUUAAUUUUCCAAAGAAAAUUGAACUUCAAUUUAGUAGAGUCAUCAAAAAGCUUGAAGAUAGCCAAGUACCUUCCUCUCAAAGUAAUUAA